AUGAACCAGCUGCCGUCCUUCCUGCAGCCUGCCGUCCGCAAGCCUCGAUACUCAACCAGACCAUUUUAUACCACGCUGUUGGUGUUUACACUUAUUGGAACAGCGAAGUGGCUCACAGCUGGUACCACAACUGAACAUGUGCAGUUGGCGCAACCGGGUACAGGGCCACAUGUAAACCUGUUCAAGCGAGAGGGUGAACUAGAGUGCCGCUUGGUCCGUAACGUCGAAAAUCAGUGUGCCUACGUCCGCGCAAAUUGCCCCGACCACGAGGAUGGUCUAAUCUCGUACCUUCAAUUUUACUAUUGUGGGCUGGCGGAUGCAAAACCGGUAGCAUUCAUGAUAUUGGUCCUCUGGCUAUCACUGCUCUUCAGUACCAUCGGCAUCGCGGCAAGCGAUUUCCUGUGUAUUGAUCUGAGUACAUUGGCCAGCAUCCUAGGAUUGAGCGAGAGUCUGACAGGCGUGACAUUCCUUGCAUUUGGUAAUGGAAGCCCCGAUGUAUUUUCCACUUUCGCCGCCAUGCGUUCGAAUAGUGGGAGCUUGGCGAUUGGUGAGUUGAUCGGCGCGGCGACCUUUAUCACCUCCGUUGUCGCCGGUUCCAUGGCGUUAGUUCGGCCCUUCAAGGUCGCGCGAAGGAGUUUCGUCCGAGAUGUGGGGUACUUUAUAGUGGCCAUAGUUUUUAGCAUGUUCAUGCUGGCCGAUGGGAAACUACAUGUAUGGGAGUCAGCGACGAUGGUAGGCUUGUACGCCUUCUAUGUCGUAAUGGUGGUUACCUGGCACUGGUAUCUGGUACGACGACGCCGAAAGACUGAGAGAGACCUCGCAGCGCGAGCUCACUUUCACAUACCGGAAAACCAAGAACUUGAUAUCGAAGAGGCCGCUGAGGACGAUGAUCCAGGUGUAGCGUCAGAGUCACGAAGUCUUCUCCACGGAGCCUCAACUGAGGAUUUUGAUCUUUUGGAACGCGCAGAGGCCGCUCCUCUAUGGAAAGAAGAGGACGAGGACGACGAUGAAACACGCAAUCGGUACUUAGCCGAAAUCCGUGAGAACAUGCACGUCUAUCGGCCCGUGAAAUCAAGACGUAAUACGAUGAACCCCAUUCGACCAAGUCUUGUCGGUGCACUAGAGUUUCAGUCUGUGCUUCAAUCGCUGCAGAAAUCAAGAAACACCCGCCGCAAUCCGGCAAUUAGCCUGAACAGCUAUUCGGAUGACGGUGACUCCGAUUUCGACACGCGUUCGGUGGCAUCGCAUCCUCGCGCCAGUCGGCCACCGACCACUAACGACCGCCUGUCACCGUCCAGUGCAGCAGGUUCCUCUCGGGCUCGAGCUGUGUCAGCAAACGAUGCCGCGGGUUUGAAAUUUGACUCCAGUGUUUUGGAGCCCUCGCCAACACAAGGUCCAUUGCUUACAGUGAGCAGACCUUCUUACGAGGAUACUUCGGGACAAGAAGCCAUGCAGUCGCGACAACUCCCUCGAAUUGACACCGGGCAGGCGCUGGAUGUGUCUCCUGCGAGUCGGUCGCCAAGUCCAAGUCCAGGUACCAUAAGUCCUCAAAGCUCUGACCGGCUCGCUCCAUCGGACGCUUUUCAUUCUCCCAAUUACCACAACGGAGGGGCAAGUGAACGGCCCUCGCUAUCAGUAUCUCCUAAGGGCACUGCAACCCGCACUCAUUCAGGCUUCGGGCUAGAAAGCCCUUCAAUGCCCUUCCCAUCAUAUAGUGACUUACCAUCCACGGCACCCUCACGACCAUCUAGCAUACGACUUCCCAACUCAGCCAGCCCACUAGAACGGCUACAAGUUCAAGAAGGAUAUGAUGAUUUCGCUCAUGUAGGCCUCCCUUUCCGCAAAUACCUGAGGGAUUGGUGGCCUGACUCGAUUCCCCCUCUCCAGCAGAUUGGCUGCACUCUCUUCCCGACCUUGGUGGGCUGGAAGUCUAAAAAUAUCUGGGAACGGCUGCUCGGUAUCAUCGCAGCCCCCAGUGUGCUACUUCUUACUAUAACGGUCCCAGUCGUGGAGCCAGAGGUACCGGAGUCUAUGGAACCAGAGCCCAUACCCUCGGUGAUCAUUCAGAAUGUCGACGAUGAAGGGAACCCCUCCCCAAGGGUCAAACUUCCAGCCGAUAGUCCAGUGAUUGCGGCUCAGGCACACGACUUCGCCGGAUCAGUUUCUAACGUGUCGCCAACGCACCCUCAUCGAAAGUCGUCGUACGAACAGCCUGGUCGUCCGCGGUGGGAUUCGGAACUCCCGGCAGUACGAGCACCGAGUUCACCUCCUGAGCAUCCUGUGCCACCUAAGGACUGGAAUCGCUGGCUGGUUUCCAUACAGCUUUUCACGGGUCCCUUCUUCGCCGUGCUCAUUGCCUGGACGACCGUGGAUGAAGACCGUCAGCCGCGCAACCUCAUUUUUCCCUCCCUCGUCGCCCUCUUAUUCUCCUCCAUCUGUUUCACGGUCCUCACAAUAAGCACCCGCCGUCAACGGAACCACCGACUUCUCAGUGCAGAUCUAUCCGCAUCAACUUUCCCCCACGAAUCUCAUCUCCACGCCGACACCCUCCCAUCGCCAUGGCGGCCUUUCCUCUCCCUACUUGGUUUCUUUGUCGCUAUAGCCUGGAUUGCGACGAUUGCCACGGAAGUUGUCUCUAUCCUCAAGACCAUCGGAGUUAUUCUCAACAUCUCUGAUUCGCUGCUCGGAUUGACUAUUUUCGCCGUUGGGAACUCACUUGGCGAUCUAGUCGCUGAUGUCACCGUCGCCCGCCUCGGGUAUCCAGUCAUGGCCCUGAGCGCCUGCUUCGGUGGACCCAUGCUCAAUAUCCUCCUCGGUAUCGGGCUUGGUGGUCUUUAUAUGACCGUCAACGGUGGAAACCAAAGAUCCGAUCAGGCGCUGCAGGAUGUCAUCUCUGUGCAAGUUCCCUAUGAGAUCGCCAUCUCCAAGGUCCUUGUCAUCAGCGGCGCAACGCUUUUGUUCAUCCUGGUUGGACUUUUGAUCGUUGUUCCGAUGAAUAAGUGGAGAAUGGAUCGCAAGGUUGGCUGGGGUCUCAUCGCUGUUUGGUGUGUCAGUACCCUGGGUAAUGUGAUUGCGGAAGUUGUCCUGUGA